AAUGUUGAGAAAAUAGCGCAACGUCGCGAACGGCGUCGGCAGCCAAAAUGUCGGCAGUUUCUCAACUUUGAGCGUACCCUCUGUCAACAUUUAUAAAUCUCCAUCGAAGUCAACAUCGAAUCAACCAAUAACUAAAUCAUUAAUAAUGUAUGAUCAAUAUUAGAUCUUCUUGAUACAGUGAAAAAUUGGAAUCUUCAGAUUUUCGAAGGACAUGUGAGAAGGCAGGUAUGAUUUUGCAAUAAACUUAAGAUGUCUAGUGAUAGUAAUCAAACUUCUCAAUCUGCCAAGCGGAAAAAACUUGUCAAACUUGAUAGCGAAGAUAGUGAUGAAUCUAUUGUGCAAUCUCGUAGAAGAAAAAAAACAUUUAAAUUCAUUAGUGAAGGUGAAACUAGUGAUGAAGAUAGUGAUGUUCAAAGACCUAUUAUUCAAACAAAAAAUCAUAGGAUUAUUGCAAAAGAUGAAUUAAAUUAUGAAAGCAGCAGUUCAAACACUAGUAAAUACAAGCAAUUCGGAGAAAGUAGUGAAACUUCAGAAUGGCAAUCAGACUGGAGUAGUUCAUCAGAAUUAGAAAAAAAAUCUCCUGUAAGACGAAAAGUUCUUGGCAAACCAAAAGCUAAAAAACCACCAAAAAUUGUAUCAGAUACAGAUUCAGAUAAUAAUGAUGAUCAAGUAGAAAAGUGUCCAAUUUGUUUACUUCCUUUUAAAAGGCAGCAAUUGGGCACUCCUUCUUCCUGUGAACAUUGUUUUUGUUUAGAAUGUUUAAUUGAAUGGAGUAAAAAUAUAAAUACUUGUCCAGUAGAUCGACAAACUUUUACAAUAAUUCAUGUCAGAGAUAAACUUGGUGGUCAGAUAAUAAGAUGUGUUCCAGUUGAAGUUGCUUCCAGUGAAGAAGAAAAUUUGGAUGAUCUUACAUUUUGUGAAGUAUGCCAUCAAAGUAAUAGAGAAGAUCGUAUGCUUCUUUGUGAUGGUUGUGAUUGUGGUUAUCAUUUAGAAUGUUUGACUCCUCCAUUGAAUGAAGUACCUAUAGAAGAAUGGUUUUGCCCAGAAUGUUCUCAGAAUAGAGAAAUCAAUGCAAAAGUUGUCAGAAUUAAUAUGAAUGAAAUCAUAGAUCCAAUAGAAGAAGCUCGUAGACUUGGUGUUACUUAUGGAAGAAUUCGAAUUAAUGCACUAGAUUCUUAUCCAAGAAUUAUACCUCGUACUAGACAUACAGAACGUGUUAGAGCUACUAUUCGCAGAAGAAAUAGAUUAGAUGAUCAUAUACAAUUAACUCGUCAAAUACCAUUUGAUCCAAAUCAACCUUCUACUUCAUCUGGUUUGGAGUCUUUUGGAGAUAAAAGUCAGAGUCGAUCUCCAAGCAAUGCCUCUAGUUCUUUAGGUUCUGGAGAUCGUAAUUGUUCAAACAGAUAUUUUAGAAAAUCACGAAAAUAUAGAAGUAGUUCUAGUGAUUCUAGUAAUGAAAGUAUUUCCAGAAAGUCUCGAAAAAGAAUUAAUAAUAAAAAUAAUUCUGAAAAUUCAAAUAGUAAUAAAUCUAAAAAGAAAAAUAAUAAUAAUAAACAGUCUGGAGAUAACUCGCGAAAAAAUGAAACUAGAAAUAAUUCAAGAAAGUCUGGAAAAUCUAAAAAUGUUUCUAAUAAGGAAGCUUUAUUAAGGGAAGUUAGAAUUGUAGAACAUAAUGAAAAUGGAGAAGAAGAAGAAAUUAUAACACAUGUUAGAGUAGCUUCAAUUACAUUAAGAAAAAGAAGAAGAACAAAAAGAAGAAAGAGAAGAAAUCGUAGACAUCGAGCUAGAACUUUAUCCAAUGUUUUAACUAAUACCAAAAAAAGACUUGCAGUUGCUCUGGGUAUUUGUAAACCAAUUAAAAAUGUCUCUAAUUUAUUACCUAGUGUUAGAAAUCGGCAAGUUAUAUCAGAUAGAUCUGCAUUAACCAUUGCCCGAUAUAAUGCUGGAAUCUCAAGACUUAGUAUUUUUGGAGAGAGUUUACAUUUGGAUUAUACUCCUCCGGAAUCAGAUACAGAAGAUUAUCAUGCAAUUGUUGGUCCUACUAUAUCUGUUCAAAGACAUUCUAUAAUUUCUUCUCGAAGACGUUUACGUUUAAAAAAUAUUGUUACUCCUCAACAACCUCAACCUGAUCUUCUAAGUAAUAUAAUAAAGGACCAAGAAAUUUGGCAUUCAAAUAAUAAUAACGUAACUAUAAAAGCAAAUGGACUUCUUUUAAUUGAAAAAAAGGAAACAUUGAAUGAUUUAAAAAAAGAAAAAUCAGAAGAAAAAGGACUAUUAAAAAAUGAAGAAAUAGAAUCAAUUGUAGAAAAUAGAGUUUCUAGAGUUGAUACUUCAUUAGAAGUUUCUAGAAUUGACACUCCACUAGAAAUUUCUAGGAUCAAUCCAGAAUCAAUUGUACAAGCUCCAAUGUAUAACAAUCCCUGUGGAGGAGGAAAUAGAGGUAAUUUUAGAGGUAAUUAUAGGGAUAAUACGAGGCAUAGUCAUGGAGGGCAAAAUUAUGGAAGAGAUUCCUUAAGUGGAAGUGGAAGACACAGUUAUGGAGGAAGUGGUGGAAAUUUUGGAAGAGAUUUUGGACCACCUCCUUUUUAUAAUCCAAAUUUUGAACAUUGUGGACCUCCAAUGUUUGGAGGUAAUCCUCCAUUCAGAAAUCGAAAUCCUCAACAUUUUAGAAACGAAAGAUUCCGUUUUAUGCCUUCAGGAAGACCACAAUUUAAUUUUGCUGAAGGUUUAUCUGAACAUCAUACUUUUUCUGAAAGAUAUAAUCGUCCAAGAUCUCCACAAGUUUCUAAUGAACGUCCUCAAAAUAAUAUGCCACCAAAUUUACCAGAAGAUACUCCAAGAAACGAAUCUGUUGAGCAACAAUCACAAGACAUUGAAAAUAUCUCUACUAGACAAGAAGAGGAUUGUGAUAUUUAUUGCGAUAUUGAAACAAAAUCUGAUGGAGAACUCCAAGAUCAACAAAAUAGUUCUAUGGUAUUAUUACCACCACCAGAACCUCCAUCAGGACUUUUAGAUUUUGAAGAAAAUUCUAAGAGUGAUAAAGAUAGUGAUCAAGAAUUAGUUAUUGAUGAUAGUCAAAAAGAAGAUACUCCAAAGAAUGAUAAAUAUGAUCCUUUUUCUGUGGAUAGUGAUAGUGAUAGUGAAAUAAAAAAAAAUGAAGGAAUUAUGGAAAAGGAGAAAGAAGAACAAAUUGUAAAAGAUAUAACUCAAGCAGAAACCUUAGAUACAUCUAUUCGUUUAUCAACUUAUGAUGAUGAAGAAGAAGAAGAUUUUCAAGCUGAUUGUCCAAAUUUCUCUAUUUAUUCUUCUCAAACAAUUGAUGUAGCACGGCAUACCGAACAACAAUUAUCUCAACAAAUAGGACCGCUUCAACCACCCCCUCUUCCUCCUUCUAUUCCAGAUGAUGAUGAUGUUAUCGUUGGUGAUGUUCAGGCUUGCGAUUUAACUGAAAUUCCAGAACCAUCAGAUCCAUAUGUUGAAGCUUUGAGAAAAGAAAGGCAAACUUUAAGUAAAAUUCCACCAAAGAAAAUUUCUCAUGAUAGUAGAGGAAAGAUUACAUUUAAAAUUGGUACUAAAUUGAAGAUUAAUAACAGGUUAUUAGGAUUACAGGAGGAAGAAAAAGAGAGUAAUGAUGAUAAGAAAAAAGAAAUUGAACUUAUAAAAGAAGAAGAAACCUCUGUUGAUCGUGAAGAAGAACGAAAAAGAAUUACUAAAAGCAAAUAUGAAGAAGAAAUUCAAUUAAAAGGAGAUAAAGAGCAAAAUAUAAAAGAAAUUCUAAUACCUAUAAUUCCUUUAAAUUUGAAAGAAAAAAACACAAAUAAAGAAGAAAAAGAAAAAGAAUGGAUAGAAAAAUCUAAAGAUAAUACAACAGAGAAUGAUUCAAAUGCAAUUAUUACUACAGAAGUAACCCGAUUAUCUCCCAAAAGAUUAGAAAAUGAAAUUAUUAGUGAAUGUUUAUCUAAAGAAGGAAGUAAAACUUUUACUUUGUUUCAUAAACCAUCAAAAAUUGAUCUUGAAAAAAAAGAUUCAAAAGAAGAAUCAAAAAAUAAAGAAGAAUAUAUUACAAAUAAAAUUAAAAAUCUAUAUGAUUAUAAAAGCGAAAAAGAUGAUAAACAUGAUAAAGGGGAAGAAGAAAAUGACGAUGAUGAUGACGAUGAUGAUGAUGAUGAUGGUGAUGAAGAAGAGGAAGAAGAGGAAGAAGAGGAGGAGGAAGAAGAAGAGGAGGAGGAGGAGGAAGAGGAGGAGGAGGAAGAAGAAGAAGAAGAAGAAGAAGAAGAAGAAGAAGAAGAAAGAUUUCCUAUAGAAAAAGAAAAAUUUAGCAAAAAAAAUAUAAUUGAAAAAGAUAUUGAUAAAAAUACAUGGGAAUCUGAUGGAGCGUAUACUCCUUGCAGAGAUGAACUUCCUUUAAAAGAAUCAAAAUCUUCUUCCGAACAAUUGCCAUUUAUUGAAAGUGGAUUAGAGCCAAUUACACCAACAAAAGAUAAACCUGAUGAUUUAGAUAGUUGUAGAACUCCAGUAGAUUAUAAUGUUUUAGGCACAGAAGCUAUCUCAGAAACAGAUGAAGCAAUGAAUUUUGAAGAUGAGUUAACUUUAUUAAGUUUACGAAAGGAAAAAGAAAUGGAAGAUGGAGAAAUCAUUGAAGAAAAAAUUAUGAAGGAAGGAGAAGUUGAAAAAGAAAAAGAAGAGGAAAAGAAACGGAAGAAAAAGGAAAAGAAAGAAAAAAGUAAAGAAACAGAAAAAAAUAAAGAAAAUAUUGCUUCAGAAAAUCAAGUAGCAUGGAAAAAACUUUCAAAAAAUACAAAAGAAAGAUCUUAUAGAGACAAAGAAAAGAGAUCAAAAUCGAAGGAAAGAGAAAAAUUAAAGAAAAAAAAAGAAGUAGUAAAAAAGAAAGAAAAAAGAAAAGAAUUACCAAGAUAUGAUGUUAGAAAAAUUGUUGCAGAAAGACCUUCAAGACCUAGAAAAGAUGAAUAUGGUAGAGAUAUUAGAGAAAAAUCAAGACAAAGAAGUAAAUCUAGAAGUUGUAGCUCAUCAAAACGUUCUAGAUCAUAUUCCAAGAUUCGCUCUAGAAGUAGAUCUAGAACUAGAUUACAAAGAUCGUGGUCAAGAGAUCGUAGAUCUUAUUCUAAAUCUCUUUCCAGACGAAGAUCUCUUUCUCGUGGAAGGCGUAAAUCGCCUAAAAGAAGAUCAACUUCUAGAAGAAGAUCUUCUUCGAGAAAACGAUCCCUUUCUAGAAGAAGAUCAAGAUCUGUUUCUAGAAAACGAAGAUCUUUAUCGAGAAGAAGAUCCAGACGAUCAAUCUCGAGAUCUAGACAAAGAAGAUCCAUAUCACGAUCUAGAAGAUCACUAUCUAGAUCUCGCGAUAGACGUAAAGACAAGAAAAAAUACAAAUCUCGAAGUCGAUCGAGAAACAGAAAAAAAUCUCGAUCGAAAUCACCUAGAAAGUCUUCGAAAUCCAGAGAAAGAAAGCAUUCGAAAAGAAAAGCACAAAGUCGAUCAAGAUCAAAAGGAAGAUCUUGUUCCAGAAAUUGGGAACAAGUUGAUAAAAUUGUAGAACAAGAGUUUUCUAGAGAAAGAGAAGAAAGAGAAUCUUGGAGUGCACAAUGGACACCAUCUUGGUCAAGAUCUAGAUCAAAAACACCACAACACGUUCAACAAGAACCAAUUACUUCUAGAGAAUGGUCUCCAAUGUUAGAUAAUGUUUCGGUUCCGCCAAAAAAUCUAACUGUAAUUUUAACAAAUAAAGAAGCAAUUAAAAAAAAGAAGAAAGAACGUAGAAAAGAAAGCAAAAAAAAAGAUGAAAAAAAGAGAAAAGGAAAAAGGAAUAGGACUCCACCACCAUCAAAAGAGGUUUUUGCUAGUGGAGACAAUAUUUUGGUUAGUGUAUGUUUCAACAAAGAUAAUGAAACUGAUCAAACAGUUGUUCCAGAACUUCCAGAAACAAUUCCUCUAAUUUCUCCUUUAAAACGUCGCCGUAGAGAAUCUCUUCAAACUGAUCCUCCAAAACGUUCAAAAAAAGAAAAAUCAAAGGAUAAACGUUCUAAAUCUCCAAAACCAAAAAAAGAUAAAAAGAAAAAAUCAAAAGCAGCUGAAAUAGCAGCUACAAAAAAACCAGUCGCAGUAAUUGAUUUAGAUCAAUCUCCAUUUCGGGAACAGACACCAUCUCCUAGAGACGUGAUAGUUCUUAGUGAUGACGAUGAUAAACAAAUUCAACAAAUCACAUCAGAUCAAUGUCAACCUUCUCAAAAUUCUCCACCUAGAGAACAAUUUAUUUCUCAGGGUCCAAAAACACCUCCGGAACCACAAAUAAAAUUUUCAAUAAAUAAACAGAGCAGUAAUUUACGACCAUCAAUGCUAAAUCCACUCUUAGAUGAGGAAGAAGAAGAAGAAAUGGAUGAAAGAGUUGAAGAAGAAUUGGAAAUGAGAGCACAAGAAGAAUUAGAAUUAAGAUUAAAAAUUGGACCAAAUACCCCUCCAGAACCUCCCACAUCUCCACCAACAAGUCCAGAUGCUUAUGAUCCAUUUGAUCCAACUAAAUCCAGAUCGCCAACACCUGAUGUUAGUCAGGAAGCUAAUUCCAGCGAUGAAAGAAGAAGAUCUCCAAGGAAACAUGAUUCUGUUGAUGAUAGUAUUCUUGAAGAGGAAAAUCAAAAUCAAGAAAGGCAAAGUCAAGAAAAGCAACUAGAAAAGCCUAAAAUCAUUUCUAUGGUUACAAUCAAGAGAGCAUCUCCACAAAGAGAUGAUGUUAAUGAUAAUGAUAGUAAUAAUGAUAUUACAGUCUCGGCCGGAAAUCUAGAAAUACAACAAAAUCAACAAAAUGUGCAAAACCAGAAUAAUCCUUUCACAGUGAUGAAUCCUGUGCUAGCUACAGUAGCUGCAGCAGUACAGAGAAGUGGAGUAUUUAAUGCACCAAAUUCGAAUAAUAAUCAACGUAACUUGUUACAGUCAAAUCGAAUUUCACCAACCAAUCAACAAAAACAACGUUCUAGCGAUCGUUCGCAAGCACCUUCAGUUUUUACGAAUUCAGGAAAAUCUUCAAGAGGCUCGAAAUCCGGACAAACAAAAACAAAUGGACAAAAUGGAAAUGAUGCCGGAACAGAAACAAUGGAUAAUGUAGAUAUGUCAUCUCCUUAUUCUCCUGGAUCAACGCUUAGCGAUGGAAUAUUUGAUCCACCUAGUCCUACAAAUUAUAAUUCACCUAAUGCUGGAACAGGAAGUGGAGCAGGACCUAUUGGAACUCAGAUUACAAAAAAUAGUAAUUCGAAAGCAAUAAAAACCACAGAAAAAAAAGAUGCUUUUGAUGCUUUAUUUGGUUCUUUACCGAUCACAAAAACUAGCACUAAAUCAAAUAGAAAUAAAAAAUCUGAAAAAGAUAAAAAGAAAAAAUCUACAAAUCCAAAAGUUGGUGUUAGAAUGGACGAAAACCAACUUCAAAUAUUAGAUGAUCUUCCAAGUUCUGCAGUUGAAAUGCAAGUCAAGGAUAAGUUCCUAAAGAAAUUAAAUCGUCAAGAACGAGUGGUUGAAGAAGUAAAAUUAGUUUUAAAACCACAUUACACAAAAAAACAUGUCACAAAAGAAGAGUACAAGGAUAUUAUGCGGAAAGCAGUACCUAAGAUAUGUCAUAAUAAAACGGGAGAAAUCAAUCCGAAAAAAAUUGCCCACUUAAUAGAAGCUUAUGUCAAAAAAUGCAGAAAUAGCAAAAAGAAAACUAUUGAAAGUUCCUCCACAAAGGCCUCUAAACCAGCAAAAAUUUUGUGGAGUUGAUCACAAGUCAACUAGGUGUCUAUUCAAUUCCCUUCAAUUUUAUAGUUCAGAUAUUGUUCUCGAUGAAUGGUGAGUUAGCUUUGAGACAGCUAGUCUCCUCUUCGAUGAUGCGAUGUAUGUAUUCUCUGUAAAUACGUAAUUAAUUCAUUAAUUGAUCGAUUGAUUAUUUGCUUGAUUGAUUGAUCGAUUAACUUUUAAGAAUAUCAUUUAUUAUUUAUAUAAAUAAGACCUUGUUUUAUCAGGGAAUUCAAUUGUCUCUACGGAAGAUCCAUUAUUUAUAUAAUAUUAAAUUUAAUUUUUAUCUAAUUUUAAGAAAAUUCAAUUUUUCAUAUGUAUAAAAUUCAUCAUAAUUUACAUAUUGAAUUUGAAUAUUUAUUCAUAAAAUUAACUUGUCUUCUUUAUAUAUUUAAACUUUCAAAAACUUUAAAAUUAAUUAUAAUUAAACAACAAGAAAAAUAAAUAAAAUGCAAAAAAAGUGAAUUUACAUUCACGUUUUUCAUAUCUUUAAUUGAAUUAUAAAUGUUUUAAAUGAAUACAAUUGCAAUUGACAAUCUAAACAUGACAUUAAAUAUAUAUUUAAUUUUUUUUUCUUUAUUUCAUAUCAUAAAUUUUAUGAAUUUGGUAUUAUUUACAUCCAUUUUUAAUGUACUACUUAAAAUAUAUUAAAGAAGAAAAUUGUUUAAAUUUUUAUUAAAGUUUGCAGUACAUUGUAAAAAUCAAUUUAUAAUUAAAAUUUGUACAGAUAAAGCUUUAUAAAAAUAAAAAGAAAUAUACAAAUUUUAUAUGAAUAUUUAUACUAUUAUAAAAAAUAUUAAUAAUAACAUUAAAACUUGGUCUUAAAAUAAUUAUUUAUACAAAUUUAUUUAUAUAAUAUUAGACAAAUAUCUACUGCAAACAUAAUACUUUAAUAAUUAUUUAUUCAAAUAAUUAAAUAUUAGUUAUUAUUUAAUAGAAACUGUAUAUUAAUAUUUGUGAUAUUUAUAUCAAAUAACAUAUAAAAUAUAUCACAAAUUUAUUUUUGGUUUUUCCGCAGAGACCUUCAUUUUUAUAUUCCUUAAUACACAUGUAAAAAUGCUUAAAUGCCAUGUUUCAAACGUACAUAUUGUAAUUUGAUUCUUAACACAGAGUUGGACAUUAUUCGAAUAAAUUAUUAUUAUCAUUACUAUGAUUAUUGUUAUUACUAUUAUGUUUAUUAUUGUAUUAUUAAUAAUAUUAUUAUAUGUAUUAUUAAUAUGUAAGUAAUGUUUAAGUGAAUUUUAAUUAGAAUUAUUUUCUAUUUAUUUUUAAAUCUACUUAAAUGGAUGAAAUUUAUUCAAAUAAAUAUGCAGCCAACUUUCUAUUUUAUUUAAAAAUAUUUUAAUUAUUUAUAUCAAAACUAAUGUAAGAUUAAAAUAAAAUUAAUUUGAUAUUAAAUUUCAAUAUAGAAUAUUAAAAAAUGAAAAGUGAAAUAGAUACAAAAUUAAAUUUAUUAUCAAGAAUUUAUUUAUAAAAUCUACUAAUUAUAACAUAAAAAAUAUAUAAUGAAAAAAUAAAAUAAUAAAUUUUGAUAAAUUAAUAAUUUUGAUAAAUUUUAAUGAAUAAAAUAUUUAAAAAAUACUGAUUCAAAUAAAAGCUGCAUUUCUUUACAAAAUUAAACAUAAAUUAAUCAAAAAGAAAAAGAAAUAUUUGAAUAAUAUAAUAUUUUAUUUAAAUGUUUUUCAUUGAAUUAUUAUUAUUCGAAUAAAAAUUGUCCAACUCUAAUGUUGUAUAGCUAUAAACUGUGUGGGAAUGAAAGAAGUAGAACGAGUGGAAAUUAGUCUAAGAAAAUAUAGAUUUCGUCUCCUGAAAAAAUGAAAAAAAAAUUUCAAAAGGUACUGCUCAAUAUCCAAUUGGCUGAUAUUUAUAUAGCCAAUUAUAAUCAAACAUUUUUCUCAGAAAGUAAUUAGAUAAUGUUCGAUUCUUUUAAACUUUUAAAUAAUAAAAUGUUAAAAAAAGAUGAAUAUUUUUAAAAAAAUAUCUUAUAAAAAUAUUAUUGAGAUCUUAUUGAAUUUAUGUUUCUAAUUUUUUCAAAAGAAUUCAAUAAAUCAGAAAAUAAUUUAUUUUUUAGAAUUUAUGUUGAAGUAUCAUAUUUAAAAAUGUGAUAUUGAUAACCGUAUAUAUUGAUGAAACUUUCAUACUCAAUCAAUUUAUCUGUGAUUAUUAUUUGGAGCAUUAUCUACUUUCAUCUAUUUAAUUAUUUGAAAUAUUUAAUUCAUAUUCAGCUAAAAUAAAAUAUUCAUCUAAGUAAAUUAUAAAUUAUUAAAUCAAUUAAAUUAUAACAAAAACAUUUUAGAACAAGAAUUUUAUUAUCAUUUUUGCGCGUAUUUAAUUCUUACAUACAUAUAAUAAUAAAAUUUAUUAAUUGAAUUAUUUAAUAAUUGUAUUUAGAUUUAAUCUAUUAUUUGAAAAAUAAUUUAAAUUAUCAUAUAAAGUAUCAUAUUUUGAUUUUAUAGCGCAUUUUAAAAGUUAACCGAUAAGACUUAACUUAAUUAUAAUUCUUUUAUGAAAAUUUUUAUUUCGGCUUUGUUAAUGAAUUAUUGAAACAUUAGUCAAUUACAAAACAUGUAGAUUUGUUGUCAUAAUAAUAGUAUGACAUGAUAGUAUAUCAUUGUGUAUGUAUCACCAGAAACUCGCCGAGUUCAAAAUUAAUCGAAGCAACGUGUAUCAAACAAAUAAUCGAAGUAAUAUAUAUCAAUUGAUUAAUAUUUUGUUAAUAACUUAUUAACAAAAUCGAAAAUUUUCGCAAAGAAAAAUAAUUUGAAGAAUUACUUCAAAAUUAGUUAAGCUUGAAUUUUAGAAUAUCUUGUAUAAUAUAUUUAUAUGUACCAUAAUAUAUACAUAUGUAUAGAUUAGGACUCUUAUUAUUGAAUCUAAAUUCGAACACUCAAACUUAAAUAUCCAAAUAUAUCCGAAUUGAAGAGAUAUAUUCUCAAGUCAAAUGAAUUUAGUUAUAAUGUGCUUUGAGUAUCGGGGAUAUUCGGAAUAUAAGAGUCUUAGCGUGAAUUCAAUUUCAUGUAAUAUAUAUAUGAUACUUGAAUCUAUUUGUAAAUGUAAUACAAAAUUGAAAUAAGCAAGAAAUAUAUUUAAUUUAUCACAUUUAACGAUUAAUCACUAGAGGGAGGAGGAGAGGAGAGGAGAGGAAAGAGGGAGAGGGGGGGGAGAGAGGGAGAGAGAGAGAGAGAGAGAGGGAGAGAGAGAGAGAGAGAGAGAGAGAGAGAGAGAGAGAGAGAGAGAGAGAGAGAGAGAGAGAGAGAGAGGGAGAGAGAGAGAGAGAGAGAGAGAGAGAGAGAGAGAGAGAGAGAGAGAAUAAAUUUAUUUUAUUCAUAUCUAAAAAAAAUUUUCACAAUACUAAUAUCUAAUUUUUUUAAAUUACAAUUAAAUUUUAAUUCAAAACAUUCAUCAUUUAUCUAGACUAAUAAUAGUUAAGGGACGAUAUUUCAAAUAUUUCAGAAAGAUACAUAAUUAUAUAAAAGCUCCAGAAAAUAUUCACAGAUGAUAAUGAUUAUCAACCCAUCAUAUUAAACUUAAUAAAAAAUGAAUACCAAACUGCUAAAAUAAAUAGAAUAAAAAUUAGUGUCAAAAUACAUAUUAGCUGUUAAAGAAUCGAAUGAUAUCUUUAAAAUUAUUAAAUUUUUAUACUUUUUAUCCUUUCAACUCAGAAAUUAGAUAUGAAAUGACAAAUUAAAAUCGCUUAACAAUUAAUAAUAUUCAAAAAUUGAGUGAAUAUAAAUAAAAAUAAAAUUUAUGAUAUCAAGUGUGAAUAUUAGCGAAAAUGUCAGUGUAUAUGUGUGGAAUCUUUUGUACUAAAUAAUGAUGUAUAUACAAUGAAGGGAGAAAUAAAGAAUUUAAUAUUAUCAAAAA